UGGAAUUUAAAUGUGUGUGACUCAUGGGGAAUACUGAAGGUCAAAGCAGGUUCAUGGAAACUGUUCCAGGAAGCUUGGUUUUGAAAUCAUCCUACUGUAUGUUUGAUGUUACCCAAGCUGAUAAUCUUGUUACUUAGUAUAACCGGAGUUAAUCUUUUUACUCUAAUAUUAGUCAUUUUACAUUAGCCAUAUUUUCAGUCACAGAAAACUGAAAGACUUGAGAAACAUGUUCACAAAAAAACAAAACUAUUUGAGGAAUGACAAACAGUAAACUAUUAGGACCGUCUCCUCCCACUCGGCUGAAUCAGUAGAUAGUGUCUGACGCAGAGCAGGAAUUCAGUUUCAAGCCUGGACAGGAAACACACACACAGUAUACACACACCCUAUGCACACAGCCUCACGGUCCAAUGCUCACACCAGUGUAGAAUGGACUUCCAGUACAGUAGCCUGCUUGAUCAUGUGAACCAGCUAUCUAGAUGGCUAGUUAAUCCUGAUAAUGAACAACUAGCCUAUAGCAAGUCUAUAGAAACACUAGUGGACUUUGAGUUAUACAGGGAUAAUAAUAACAACAAUGUGGAGGAGACAGGAGAAAGACCGGACCAAUACACUGGCUGGGAUUCUCUUCUGUCUGACGGUAGGACUGUCUCUCCAGGACAAUGAGGAGGAAGUCAACAAGACAAAAAUAACCGCCGUAGCUGUGUUGGACCCAAGGACGUUCAAUGGCAGGAGAGUUCAGACCAACUGUACGGCUGAGGCUGGGCCCCCCAGCUUGGUCCACCUGUCCCCUGGGCUGGAUGUGAGGCUGGAGGACCCUGCAGUAGCCUACACCACAGGGCUCCUCAGCACCCGGCUCAUCCCCUCAGCCUACCUCCUGGCCAUGGCAGUGGGCAUCCCCUCCAACGCUUAUAUCCUGGCCUUCCUGAGGCUCCGGGCCAGGUCUUUCUCCACGGCUGUCCUCUACCUUAGCCUGGCCCUCUCUGACCUACUCCUCCUGCUCUCCCUGGCCCUCCGAGUCCACUACCACCUAAAUGGAAACAACUGGGUGUUCGGCGAAGCUGCCUGCCGUGUCGUCACCGCUUGUUUCUAUGGCAAUGUCUACUGCUCUGCCCACACCAUCGCUUGUGUCAGCCUCAAGCGGUACCUGGCUGUGGUGAGGCCCUUCCUAUACAGGCGGCUGCCCAAGACGGCCUGGGCGCUGGGGGCAAGCCUGGGGGUGUGGGGCCUGUUUGGGGUGGCUGUGAUGCCUGAGCUCCUGGUGAGACAGAGCUUCCUGCUGCCUCGUCUGGGAUUCACCACCUGCCAUGACAUACUGCCCCUGGAGGACUCCCCCCACGCACUGCUGGUGCCCUACAGGUUGGCACUGGUCUGUUUAGGGUUACUCGUGCCCUUUGUGGUCUGUGCCUGGACCCAUGUGGCGGUGGUGCAGCAUCUGGGUCGCUCGGGCCUUGACUGGACACCCUUCAUCAGGAAAUGGCAAUAUCACAGUCUGCCAAUAUGGACAGCCCCAUCAAGAGGAUCCUCCUGGAUUAUGUAUUUUGGGAGAGAGUGGUAAGCAGCCUGAAACCUAUAGCAGUAGCCAUUGCACGGAUUGAGGGAGACAAUGCCAUCCUGUCUGAUGUUCAAACUCUGCUUGCAGAUCUAAGAGAAGAAAUCCAACAUAUCUCAUCGUCCACCUGGUGGAAGGGACUUUGUGCAUCUGAGGCUCUUUCCUUUGUUGCCUCCAUCCUCCAAAUCCCACCAACAUCAGCUGCCUCAGAGUGCAACUGGUCCUUGUAUGGGAACACACACACCAAAGCACAUAACAGGCUGACCAAUACAAGGGUUGGAAAAUUGGUGGCCACCUGGGGGAAAAAAUUGGGUUUUUUGAGCCUGACAAGGGGCCAUCCUCCUCAACAAGGUUGGAAAGUGACAGUGAAGAUGAGGCCUCAGAGUAUGAUGUUCAAGAGGUGGGCAUUGAGGAGGUCCAGAGAGAAGACAUGGAAGCCUGAGAGGAAGACAACCAAAGCUUUAGUUUCUAGACUAUCAUUUUCCAGAUAUAUAUUGAAUAUUUUGGGGGGAGAUACGAAGGAUCAUUGGGGAUCACUCAAUAUUCCCUUUCCUUUGUUGUUCAGUGAAAUCAUCCCAUGUGAAGUCAACUAAUUAAAGUUCAAUUAGUAACUAAAUUGUUUUUUUGUGUGUUUUUUUCCCACAUUUCCAUUGGAAGGAUUUAAUAAUUUGCAAUUAUGUCUACUUAUGAUCAGGUAAAAGGUUUAUGUUUCUGUCUCCAUAUGAUAUGGUAAAUAAAUCCAAUGCAAAAAAACAACUUUAUGUAUUAAUUUGCAUAUAUAUUCCCAUUAAUUCCCACGGAAAGUUUCCACCUCUGAAUAGUCCCAAAAAUGUGCAACCAUAUAUUUAACAUAAUGUGGGAAGUGGUCAGUGGGGAACUAUGGAAAACUAAUGUCACAUAGUUUUUUAUUUUGUGAUGUUAUUAAAAACUGUAAGGACCAAAUACUGUAACUUGGAAAGGAUACCCCCUUUAUCUGUCAAGUUUGUACCCAAUAUGUUGUGAAUACAAUAUGAAAAGUAUUGAAGCUGUGUGUUUAGGAAUGUGAUUUUAGUUUUCUAAUGAUAGUUUUUGAUGUUUUGCACAUUAAAUAGCCAGGCCCCGUCAGAGAGCUUGUCAGUAUGACAGAACGCCCCUUUUGACCAAGAGUGCGUAAAGGAUUGGAAGAGGAAUCAACCCUUAAACCAGGAAACGUGAGGCUGGUAUCUUCAUGUUGGAAAUGGUUGAAACUUUGAACCUCAACACGAGGUGAAGAAAUUAACACCAUCCUUUGGACCAGAGAGACGAAAAGCAGCAGCUCAUGUCAAUCGUGGUUCGAAU